AUGCUUGUUGUUGCGGCCUCUCACAGCCUGACCAUUCGACGCAAGAAGCCGUGGAAGCGGGCCGUUUGGGAUCCCUGCAGUCAGGUAGUACCAGGAGGGAAAAAUGCGCCCCUGUGUCUGCCUGCAGAUGUGGUGUGUCUGACAUGGUUCGCGUGUGUGCAGGGCGCCUCAUCUGAUGGAGUUAGUUUCGUGUUGGUUGACGAGCAUCGCGUGGCGGAGCUGUCAGAGGACGGCACGGCCCCCCGGAAGAAUGCUGUCACCCGGCGCAUGGGCCACCGCCUCAGGCUCAUCUCCCACCAAUCAUCAGGUACUCUCACUCAGAAUUCACGGCCCCUCUAUUCACCACACUGUGCUGCCUCCGUCCAUGUGCGUGUGGGUGUCAGGUGGGUAUGUGGCUGGUGUGCAGUCUAGUGGCGGCAUGUUUGUGUGGAAUCGGCAUUCGGGCACUGUGCACAUCGUCGCCGCCACCCCCCUCCUCCCGUCCCUUAUAGAGGAGGCCAUCCGAUGGCUGUAAGUCCACACAUUCGCGCAUAAUGCCGAUUGGCUCUCACAUGCGUCUGUCUGUGCUGUGGGUGUGUGGCGAGCCUCUCUCUCGUCGUUCAGCGAUUCGGGGUCCGGGGGCGACGGCGGUGUGGGUUUGUCUCAGUACCUGCCCUCCUCCCUGCUCAGGCUGCGCAAGAGCCGCCAGGCGCAGCUCGCGGCCACUGCUAUGAUACGCUCCAUCGACGUCAGCGCCGAUGGUGUGGACAUGAUAGAUAUGUCACAACAAGGCGUUGAUCAAUCCAUCGAGAUAGCAUAGCUGCCUGCAUUCAUGUGCCCUUUGUGCAUCUGUCUGUCAGGCUGCCUGGUAGCGGUGACGACGCAAGAGGGCAACUUGUGGAUCUGGACUGCACUCCAAUCGGCCGCUGAGCACGGUAGGUCGCAUCGCAGCCAAGGCUUCGCUUCACGCCAGCUCAGCACGCAUAAUGUCUGUCUGUCUGCAUGUUUGUGUGUGUGCGGCGGUUGAUGCGAUGUGUGCAGGGCAGUGGCAUUGCGUUGAGCCCCUCCAGCGGCCCUUGCCGUCACAACCCGCCGCCGCUGCUCCCAUAGCCAAAGUCCAGAGGGUCGUCUUCAUGCGCGACGAGGUAUCCUGACAGAAAGACCCACGCCCACAACGCCACUACACGCCGAUGCUUCUGCCCUGCUCCCUGCUGCAGAGGGUGGGGCAAGCCGUCCUAAUGGUUAGUGUGGGCCUCUAUCGCUUCCAGGAGGCGGCCUGCAACGCAAUCGCAGCCUAUGGAGACCACGGUGCGGCGCCAUGCGCCUCAUGUGGGGGUGUCUACACAGUGCCGCACGGCAGUGGGAGCCGCAGCAGCGUUGUCUCGCCUGCGAGGGGGGAUGACUGUCCGGCGGGCAUGAACGAUGACAGUGGAGGUGUCGAUGGGGCCGAGGAGGAGGAGGAGAUCGCGGCGCUCUGCACAUUCACCCUCGCCCUGCCCAAGGACGAGCAGAGGAAAGGCGAAGGCCCUUCGUGUCGCUACGCCCAAGCGUCCUUCCUGAUCCCUGUCGGCCUGUCGGAGGAGCACCUUUACACACCCCCACCAUCAGCCAAGACCACAUGUCCGACCAUGCUACUCGACCUCAGCAGCAGCGACCCUCCCCCUGACUGUCCGUCCCCUCCCUGCCUCCCCGUGGUAGCGCUGGCCAUCAAUGCGAGCGUCCCCACCAAGGCCCAGCUGCUGCUCGUGCACAUCCCGGGGCUCAUCAUGGGGCUGGCUUCACUCGCCAGGGGCCGCCGGCUCGGCAGCACAGGGCAGCCCUGUGGUGGUCACUGCCCGCUGUGUGAGGGAUUGGGUGAUGGUGUGAGGGGGGCCGUGACGCCUCCAUGGGUGCCUGUGGCGACGAGGGUGCAGCUGGCCAAGGUCUUCCUGCAGGAGGUGCCAUCCACUGCAGCUGUGGCAGCUGGUGGCCAGCCGGCUGUGGGGCUGGCGGCUGUCGACAUGGUCGCCGGUGUGGCAUGGGAAAGUGGUGGCCGAUUCCUCGCCGUUGCAUUCCGGUGCGGUGACACGACGAUAGACAGACAGCAAAUGCGUCCGUCCGUCAUUCUGAUGUGAGUGGUGUGGUGUAUUUUCGUACGCGUGCAGGUCUGGUCUGGUCGGCUUCAUCUCGGCUGUGGGCGGAGGUCUCUUGGCAACAUUCCAUCCCUUGGCCGGGUCGUCCCUCCAGUCCGAGCCCAUCCUCUCGCCCUUCUGGGCCUUCUUCGCCCCUCCCUUCGCCCCUCCCACGCCCCCAGCCUCACAGCCCCAUCGCGACAAAUACCCGCCGCUUCACUCUAUCGGCUUCCACCCGUCAGCGCCCCUGAUGCUCCGGAGCGACGGCUUCAGUGUGUGCAGCUUCUCCCUCACACUGCUGCCGUCGACCAGCCCGACCAUCCCCCGACCACCGCACGAGGGGCUCACACAUGUCCUCCAGCGUGUGUGGGAGGAGGUGGUCCACCCCUGCACGGCCAAAUACGACGGUGCUGUGCGGCCCAAGGGCGUCUUGGCGGCCGGGGAGGACGGCGAGGGGCGACAGGGGCUGGCUUUGGAGGGCGUGUCGGCUUAUUUGGGCCGUGUGGGUGAGGUCGACUCGUUGCUUGCGCUUGAGAUGGUGUGGUGGAUAUGUCGGUGGAUGACCCUGGCUGUGAGCCUCGACCCGGGCCAUGUGCUCGCCGGCGUGAGGCAGCUGCUGCGCUGGGCGCUCAAGCGCCAGAAAGCAUCAGACCAACACACAGGGUGUGCAAACCAACACCGGCGUGAAGGCAGUACUUUUCCUGACCUGUCUCUCUUUCCUGAUCUCCAUCUUCAUGCAGAGCGUGUGUCGGCGCUUGUUUGCUGGAGGUACUGGUGGCGCAUCGUCUUGCGCUCGAGUCGCCCUGCAGUGACUCUGCCGCACUGAGCACUGGGCUCCCCUCCCUGGACUUGCCUCUGGCCACUGGGUCCUCUUGUCCAGCCGGCAAGAUCGCCAGGCUCCGCUCGCAGGCCAGCCUCGCGGGGCUCCGUCUGGAGAUUCCCAUCCUACCCCUGGCACCCCACAGCAUGCCCCGCCCGCAGCCCCGCCCCGCCACACCCACACACGCCAGGUGCGCGACGGCUUCGCUGAUGCGUCUGCUUGAGCCGGUGGAGGCGCCGGAGCGGGACCACGAAGCAGACAAGCAGGAGGCAACGGCGAGGGCGGGAGAGAAUGCGGCUGUGUUGGUUCGGGAGGCGCUGGCAGAUGUCAAGGUGGUGUGUGAGGUGUUGCAACUCGGUCUCGGGCCUGCCGACAGAGCCAGAAGGGCCAAGAGAGAGGGAGCCACCGUGACGCACAUGGGCCCCCAUGUGGUGGUCGAGCCACACUACCCAAACGCCCACGCUGAGAGAGCGGGCGACGACCACAAGGGGCAAGACCGGCGGAGCGAGACGCGGCACAACGACUGGAGGAAGAGCAAGGCGCGCGUGGGGCUGACAUGGCUUCUCGAGGCUGGGACCGUUCUGUCGCACUUCAUCGAAGGCGCACCGACGACGCCUCGCGAGGGAGCUAUCGAGGCCCGCACGAUCGCCCGACGGGUGGUGGAGACGCAUGCGCGGCACAAAGACGACACCCUUCCCGCGUCGUUGUCGCAGCCCGCUGAGAAGGCGUGGCUGACUGUGAUGGCGGCACUCGUGGCGUCCAAUGCGGCCGAGGUCGCCUCAGCCAUCCUGAGCAUGCUGUGCGACCGGUCCCUGUCCUCACCCCUCAGCCGAUGGGAGGUCGUCACUCUGGUGGCGGCGACCGUCCUGCACAUGGCACUGCACCACCAGCAAGGCGACCAGACCAACCAGGACAAGGACCCCUGUGCGUCAAAGACCCCCUCCUCGGCCCCUCUGCCCAGCUCAGCUGCUUCCAUCGCCAUUGUGUGGACGCUCGAUCUCACACGGGCGGUGCAGCAGUGGCUGCAGGACCCCCCUCCUACCCCCCCGGCAUUCGAAUCGAUGGGGCGGCUGGCAGACACCGAGUCGGUCAAGCUGGGCCGCGACCUGACCACCCCUGCGGUGGGGCUGCUGGCGGUGGCGGGCAGGCGCAAGAGGCGGCGGGAGGAGGGCCCGAGGAGCACCGACUGGGAGGAGGGACACAUCCCUGACAUGGCCCGCCCGCUGCACGAUGACGUGGUGGAGUCGACGGCAGAGUCCCCGUCACAGCCGCGGAUGGCGUCGUCAUCCACUGUGGCCGCCAUGUUGCUGGACCGAUCGGCACAUGAGGCCAUGUCGCCGGCCAUUCCCCAGCAGCAGCAGCAGCAGCCGCCACCCACGGCAUUCGUGUCUGAGCGAGAUGCGAUGCAUCUGGAGGAGCUGCUCCUGUUCGUGUCGCUGUGCGGGUGUCUGGUGUCGGGCCAGCCUGUGCUGGCGCUGCUGCUCACCUGCAUGGGGAGGGGCGAGGCGGCCGACUCCAAGCAGACACACAAGGAGGGAGUGCUGACGGUGCCUGCUGCUGUUGUCGAAACCUUGGUUGCGGCUUUGGAGGGCCGAGCGGGUGCAGACAUCAAGUGCCAGGUUGGAGAGGCUCUCGUGGAUGCCGUCACGGGCUGCGCGUGCACCCUCAUCCAGAGAGUGAGCAGAAUGAGGGACGAGGGAUCAUGUGCUGAAUCGUAGAGUGUGACUUUGUUGCUCCGUUUCUGUGUUGCUUCCGCAGAUUGACUGCAGGGACGCCGGAAAGACAUCUAUGUCGCCAUUGCGUGUGUUGACGUCGGUCGCCACAGCCGCCCUGCGUGACAAGGAGGGGGGCCCGAACGUGCGGAUCAGCUGCAGGUUCAUUCGGGAAGCCCUCUUCAGGUGAGUUCUAAUGGGUCAAUGACGCUGUGAGUGACACAAUGCUCUUUCUCUGCUAAUCCAACCACCUUUUGGUGGUCUGGUCUCUCUGUCUGCUCCGUGUGUGGUGCACUGCAGGUACUGCUACGCCAUUGAUCGGUACGGCAGUGUGCUGUGGCUGGGCCACACGGCAUCCCUACUACACGACAUGCGGCGCACACACAUGUGGCACCGUGGCAUGGAGCCACAAGAGGACCCUUACAAAUCCGCUGUGGUGGAGCGCAUCCCCAAGCCGCUGGUGGGAGUCGGCACCGUGGAGCUCGCGAGGCUGGUCCUCGCCUCCCUGCGGCUGCACGUGGAGGCCGCCUUAUCCUCGACACUCUUCAACGAGGACAGCAUGCCCCUCCCAGUCCCCUUCGUCAAUCGGCUGCGCCACCUGCUGACGGACGAGGCAGACAUCGAUGCCGUGGCCCCCCGCCUGCUGGGCUAUGUGCCCCGCUGUGGGCUCUGGCGUGUGGCGACGACGUGGGACACGGUGCUGCCCACCAUGAUGAUGCAGCGUGACGACGGAGGCGCCAUCGAGACGUCUGCUCUGCUCGGCAAGAUCGCUGUGCCGCUGCAGCCGUCGGGUGAGCCCUUCUCGUCACCCCCAUCAUGGACACCGGUGGACAUCGCCCCCCUCGGCCAUGGCACCUCAUCGGCGCCGUCCGACCCUCCCCCGCUGCCCGCGGAGCUGCUGACAUUCGAGACCAGCCAGCUGCAGACCAUGGCGCAGCUGGAGGACCACCUGUGCGCGGCCCUGGGCCUUCUGGACAUCUACCGCAACGUCCGGGCCGGCCUGCAGGAGAAAACAGCCACAGGUGCGGCGGAUGCGAAGGAGGCGGCCGCGCUGGAGAGUGUGGCUGAGGGGCUGCAGCACCGGAUAGGGAGGGGAGUCUGGCUGCUGGUGGUGCGGGACAAGCUGCUGAAGGCCUUGCUGCGGAAGGAGCUGGCGCAGUCGGUUGCCUGGGCGUGCCGUCUGCUCGACUUUGACGACGUCUACCCCUCCAGGCGGCUGCACGAGGUGCUCAUCGCCCUCCUGGAGGCCAUCGCGGCCGCCACCCCGCCCCUGCAGCACCGUCGUGUGGUGACGCUCAAGGGCGCCUGGCUGAUUGUCCGGUCGGUCGAGCGCUACUUGAGUGACGAGCAGACCGAGGGAAGGCCACCACGAAUCCCCACCAGGCAGGCACAAAUCUGAAUGGUCCUCCCUCCCUGUUGGACCAACUCACUGCUUGUCUUGUUGUGCGGUUUGUGCAGCAUGAAGGCUCGUCUGAGCAGUGUGGCACAGAGGCUUAGUGACAGCGGGAUGGUGCCCACACUCAAGGCUCGUAUUCCGGCCCCCAAGUCCCCAACGACCGUCGCCCCCAAGUCGGCUGAGGGACACCAGCGGCACCACCCCUCGUCUGCCGUGGCCAGCGACCCUGUGUACCAGCAUGUGAUCGGCCGCCUGUUCACCCGGUGCACCAACCACGUCUGUCGCAACUACCAGAGGGCCAAGGCGCGGGCAUUCCAGCACCUCAAACACCUGCACGCCCACUUCAGGUGAGGGAGCUUUGGUGUGUGGACUGGACACCAGACCAGACCAGUAGGGGGGAUGGGAUGGGCCAUUGUGAAUGAAUGCAUCUUGGUCAGGGAGGUGGAGAAGCUGCAUCUGACCAAGACAGCUAAAGGGCUGCAGCCGCAUGCACGAGAGAGCUCCCUCUCCACCAUUAGCGAGGCCUAUGUGGAGCAGCCGACGGGCCAGUGGGGAUGGGACGACCGCCCGCUGCCCUACCUGCCGGGCAGGGCCGAUGACGCCCUUGACGUGGUCGUGGACCCCGAUGCCUACCCCUCUUUCUCGUCCUUCCUCGCCGCACUGCAAACGCCAUUCUCUGUCAUUCAGGUCAGACAGACAGACAGACAGACAGACAGAAGCUGCCUCACACACACUGGGGCAGGGCAGACAGGAUGGAUUCUUCCAUUGCAUGUUUGUCUUGUCCCAUCCUUUCAGAAGCAAGCUGCGGCGAAGGACACCGAGGACAAGCUGGAUGCAUUUGUCAACGCCCCGAUAGAGGGACCCAUGACGGCUCGCCGCGCCCGUGAGGCGAUCGAGCCGCUGAGCCUGCCACCCAUCCACCGCCCCCACCCCGCCCCCCGCUCGCCGUCCUUCCUGGGCACGUGCAAGGUGCCCGACUGCGCUCCAGACCAUCGACACACCUUCACCAGGCUAUCUGGCGACCCCCAUGACAGCUACGUGAGGAACGCUGAUGCGCAUCCACAUGACCAGCCACCCAUGGCUGCACAGAGGCAAGAGAAUGAUGACGAUGAGUCGAGUGAGGAUGGUGAGGAGCAAGGGAGCGGCGAGACAGACAACCAUGCGUUCUCGGCGUUGCUGGAGCCCUCAUCGACCACCCCAGGGCUGAGGGCAGGAGAGGCCGACCAAGGGGGCAACGAAGUGGAGAGGGUGGCAGAAGCUGUGCUGGUGGAUCAUGACACACAAGGGGAGGGCGGUGGGUCGGUUGCCGUGACGUCGUCGUCGUCAGUCGGUGGGUGGCAUGACAUCCGCGGGCGGCUGCGCAUGCAACGGAUGAAACGGAUGAGGGGCCGAGGUGUGAGCCACUCGAGGGAUCUGCUGCCGCGUGUCGUGUCCACCGUUGGGGCCAUGUCGACAGGCCUCACACCGCCCAGACGGAUUCGGGAAGGUCCGUACACAGUGAAUGAAUGAAUGCACUAGAGCGACCUAUGCGACAUGUUUGCAAGGCUCGGUGUGCUGUCCUGCUGCCCGUCUGUCUGUCUGUGUGCAGGUGUGCAGAAGCUGGUUAGGAAGAUCGGGAGGGCGCCAGGCACUCGGCUCAAGGCCAAGAGCCCCCGGGCUUCGCAGUACCUGCCCUCCCUCACCCCCACAUCAGUUGUCCCCUGUGCACCAGACGCCACCCCCACUCCUGGUGGUCUUCCCACUGCAAUCGUCACGCCUCCACCACAGCCCGUCGAGCCACAAGGAGCGGCACUCAAGCAAAGGACCAUCUCAACUGAGGCCGCCAUGCUCGUCACCUCUGAGACCGGCACCACGGCGCAGGACACCCCAAGCGAGAGCGACAGGAGAGCUGACAACGAAUGCAGCCCCUGUGUGGAGCACGAGGCGCUGCAGCAGGCCGACAUCGACGCAGGCAUCGAGCUGUCGCUGCAAUGCAGCGGAUACCUCGAUACUCCGUCAAACGAGUCGUUGGUCCAAGACCCACCGCCACAUGAGGCUGACGCCAGCGCAGCCCGCGUUCUAGCCGCGUUGAAUGACGCACUUGAGAGCAGCGGCCGCCGGGUGAGGCCGCCGCCCGACAGAGAGGUCGACCACCGCUCGCCCCGCCUCUUCGUCACCCAUCCAGACACUUUGCAUGGAUCAAGUCGGUGGGGCGAGAUGGACCUGCGGCUGGAGGACUUCGACAGCCAUGAUGAUGAUGAUGACGUGCAGGGGGUGGACCUCGAUCCGCAUGAAGAUCAAGGAGACGACCAUGGCGCGGAGGAGGAACCCGUGAUGGGCCAGGGUGUUACACCAUCUCAGCUGCCUGAGCCCGCGGCUGCAGAAAUGGAGGACAUAUCUGAGGUGCAGGUGGCCGAAGAGGCGCCUGAUCACCCUGACGAUGGUGCCGCCCUCCAGCAAGCGCUGGACGGCACUCUGCAUGAUCACCCUCUCCCACCCGAGCACGACGACGAGACGGCUGCUCUGCAACACACCGAGGUCGCCGCGCCAACACCACCACCACCGGCGGAGGUGGAAGGCGCUGAACUCGUCGACGACACGAUUCCUGAUGCAGAUAAGGAUGAGGGGGCGAUGGCCGUUGUCGACGAGCCCCAUGUCCCUGAUGACCUGGACCGAGGCAGAGCCGACACUCGGCGGCACGAGCCCUUCCCUCUCACCCCCAUCAUCUAUCCAGAUGAGGACAAGCCCACGCCCGCUUCUCGAGAUGCACCAUCGCCACUCAACACGGCAGCGCACCACCCCGACCACCACAAGCACGCAUUCUCGACAGCAGCGCGGAGGGCCCACGAAGCCAGGCCAGUCGCCGACACAUCGGACAGCGAGAGCUACGACAACCGCCCCUCCAGUCGCCCUUGUCAUCGCUGCCCCUUAUCUGGGGGCGGUCGUUAUCGCAGUGGCUUCUUGACGGAAGAGCGCACGCGGACUCGGGUCCCCCUAACGGGUGUGACCGGUGUGACAGCACGGUAUUGCCUGCUCGAUCGGCUGCCCGAGGUCCUGGAGCAGUCACAAGGGAUUGUCGAGCACGCGAGGAACCUGCCCCCUUUGCCGCGAAGACGACCUCACCGCGUCAAGAAGCGAUGUGAUUUCGACCCGUUCUUCCGCACGGGGAUCAUGGAGACAUCGUUUCCGUCGAUGCGGGCGACAUUCGGCAUGAGGACCGCCCCGCCAUCGGCUGACCUGCCGCCCCCACACAUCGAUCCCUUCGUCUUCGUUCCCCCACCCCAGCCCCCAGACGUGGGCGAGCCAUCGGAGCCUCCUGGUGGGGUCGAUGUGCGGACGCGCACAGUGACCGACGCGGCGGUGUCACCCCAAACGGCCCCCGUGAAGAGGCCCCCCGAGCGGCGCGACACGUCGGUGGAUGCAAUGGAGGCCGCUCAGACGCACGACAAGGCAACACAGCACGAUCCUGCGGACGCCCGGCCACAGCCAGCUGCCACUGACGAUUCGAUGGACCUGGUGGGUGCGCGUCUGACGACCAUCGAAUCGUCAGUCCGCCGUCUGGAAGAAACACUCGAGAUAAUGCGGAAGCGGCCGCCAUGGGGCAGAGAUGCUGGUGCAGGAGAUGGACAAGGCGGUCGAGGCGAGAUGGGCACGGGUGGUGCUGGGGGCCUCAACAUCGAUGUGGCAGCCGUUUCUGCCCGGCAGCAGCCGUCUUCCCGCUUUCCAUCCCCGAUGAUCUCCCUGCGUGAGCGGUACAAAUUCAUCUGUUCCGAGCUGCCUGCUGGCGGAGCAGAACCCCCUCCCCCGCAGCCGCCGCCGCCCCCCAUUGUGGAGCCCCAGCACACCCUCCUCCUCUACCCUGACGAGUUCCUAAAGACGCGGAUCCGGUCGCCGCCGAGGUCACUCUCACCCAGACAGUCUCAGCCAAGCAGCCGCAGCCCGUCCACAAAGGCGAGAGGAGGGAGGCGCGCCGGGGCUGCACCAGCACCAGCACCAGCCAGCAGCGUCGCCAGCACAAGGGAGGGCCGGUUCCAAGCGAUACGGCCCAUCACCUCUAGCGGCGGAAAAAGGGCGGGUGAGGUAUCGUUCCGGAGUGCCGCCCUCCGCCCAUCCUCAGCUGGUGCACGCAGACGACCGACAUCCAAUGGGCCGUCAGGACGCAGCAACCACCGAGGGAGAGCAGCCGCGCAAGGGAGGGGGCAGGGGAGGGGCAGAUGUAGGGGCAGGGGGGCGGGGAGAGGUAGGGGGAGAGCCAUCCCCACGUUCAAAGCCAUGGGGACGCGUUUCGGGGAGGCACUCGAGUUGCUCGAGAACAUCAUUGACAAAAACAGACCGUACUCUGAAGAGGCGAAAGAGAGAUAGCAGCGGGUGUGGAUA